AUGGGCCGCCUCGCGUCCGUCGGCCGCUGCGUCGCCGUCGUCGUGUACGGCCUGGCCGUCAUCGCGGCGACGGCAUAUGCCUGGGACUACGUCGUCGACCGGAGCCGGUUCGCGGACUACCUCCAGGGCGCGCGCGACAUCGCCUACGACGAGCGCCGCGGGCGCCUCGUCGUCUCGGCGCUCCACGCGGACAGCGUCGCGGUGCUCGACGCGCGCGGCGAGGACAUCGCGCUGUCGGGGCUCUACGUGGACCACGAGCGCUUCGGCAACGCGCACGGCUUCGCCUACGACGCCGACCGCGAGCUCGUCUUCGCCGCGUCCUACACGAAGCACUCGCUCGCCGCGCUCGACGUCGGCGCGCCGCGGCGCGGCGGCGCCGUCGUCGGGUGGGUGGAGGACGGCGUCGCGCUCCACUCGGCGACGCACGCGUCCUACGACGCCGCGCGGCGCCUCGUCUUCGUGGACGCGGCGGGCGGCCACGGCCGCAGCGACGACCACGACAACGCCGAGCACCGCGACGAGCAGGCCCGGGGCCUCGGCCACUCGUUGGCCGUCGUCGACGCGGCGGACCCGGCGCGCCUGCGCGUCGUCGGCCGGCUCACGGACUGGGGCGACGAGCGCGGCCGGGGCAACGGCGACGCCUACCCCGUCUACUGCGUCGCCGACGCACCGCGGCAGCUCGUCUACGUGUCGAACGACAAGGCAGCGACGCUCGAGGUCGUCGACGUCGCGGACCCGGCGCGGCCGGUCAAGGUCGGCGAGGUCUACGACGCGCGCAUCGACUACGUGAGCCAGCUCGCCUUCGACGCGGAGGCGAACGUGCUCUACGCGGCGUCGCAGAAAGCCGACAGCUUCGCGGUCGUGAACGUAACCGACCCGCGAAACCCCGCGCUCCUCGCCGUCCUCGUCGACCACGAGGUCCUCGACGGCGCGACGGGCGUCGCGCUCGACGUGCGACGCAAGCUCGCCUUCGUGGCCGCGGAGUACGCGGGGGUCGUCGCCGUCGUCGACGUCGCGGACCCGCGCGCGCCGGCCGUCGCGGGCUCCGUGGGCCACGACCUCCUCGAGGGCGGCGAGGCCGUCGCCUACGACGCGACGCGCGCCCUCGCCUUCGUCGCGUCGCGCACGUCCGCCGCCGUCGUCGCCGUCGACGUCGCGGACCCCGCGCGGCCGUCCGUCGACCGGUCGCUGUGCACGAAGCGGCCCAAGGCCUUCCCGGCCUACGUCGCCCUGGCGCUCGCCGCCGCCGUGGCCGCCGCGCACCUGGCGCUCAUAUGCGGCCUCCGGAGCCUGCGGGCGCGGCGCGACGCCGAGAAGAACGCCUACGUCAUGGUCGACACGUUCGACGAGCUCGGCGACGACGACGACGACGACGGCAUCGAGCUCGGCGCGGUCGACGCGGAGCCCGAGGACACGACGCCGCCGGAGAAGGAGCCCGAAAAGGCGGCGGACGCGCCGCCGCCGCCGCCCGAGGCCUCGCCGGAGCCGCCCCUCGCGAAGCGCGAUUAA